AUGCUGGAAGCGGUACAAAUAUAUGAAUCUGAAGAAUACGAUACCAAACCAGUAGACAUGGGCCAAUAUAAUAUACAAUGGAAUCAAGAAAAAAAACUUCUACUGAAAAUUGAUCUACAUUUGAUUCCAGUAUGUGCGUUGUUUAUAUUUAUUUCUCUCUUAGACCAAGGAAAUAUUUUCACGGCAGAAUUUGACAAGAUGCAGUCAUUUAUUGGUCUUGAAGGAUCUCAAUUUAAUCAUUGUAUCAUGAUUUGCAUUGUCACUUAUGCUGUAUUUGCUGUACCUUCUUGUCUUGGCCUAAUAAAGACUUCACCAUCAUCUUGGUUAUCGACUAUCAUAUCUUGUUGGGGAGUGGUAAUGACAACAAUGGGGAUCAUUCAUGAUUUUACCGGACUAUUUUGGUCUCGGUUUUUUUUAGGCGUUUUUGAAGCAGGAAUGCUUCCAGGUGUCAGUUUUGUUCUUUCAAUAUGGUACAAGAAAAACGAGCUUCAGUUUAGGCAGGCAUUACUAACUGGGCUUGCUGUUUCAGCAAAUGCAUUUGGUGGGCUUCUUUCCUGGACAAUUUUAAUGAUGACCGGUGUGGGUGGAUUAGAGGGUUGGAGAUGGGUGUUUAUUAUUGAAGGUUCUUUAUCAGUUGUGGUUGGUGGUUUUGGGUACAUGAUCAUGUGCAACUAUCCUGAUACAUCCGACCUUCUUUCUUACUCUGAAAAAAAAAUAAUGAACAAAAGAGUAUUGGCUGCAGAAGGAUGGAAUAUGGAAGAGUUUGAGGAUAAUGAAGACGAUGAGUAUGAAGGGGAGGAAAGCGAAAUCAUGCAACUUUUUAAACGAUACAAGUGGAACGGUCUUGAAGGUUCACUAAUUGAUUGGCAAGUAUGGUUUCAUACAAUGAUAUAUAUUGCCAUAUCGGUUGCAAAGUACAGUAUCAAUAUUUUGUUACCUAGAAUACUGGGCUCUAUGAAUUUCACUGAAGAAAAGAUAAAAUUGAUUUCUAUUCCAGUUUUCACCAGCUCUUCGAUAUGCUCAAUUUUGGUAGCAAUAGCAUCCGAUAAAGUUGCUGCUAGAUCUCCCGCUUUGGUUUUGUCAUUUGUUAUGAUUAUUGCUGGGUUUAUUGUUAUUAUGAUUUCCGAAGUUCAUGAUACACGGGGUUCCGUUGCAUAUUCUGGAAUGUUUUUGGCUUCAAUAGGCGUUUAUACCGCAAUUCCUGCAUCUGUUACAUGGCUAUCCAACAACACAUUGUGUCAAGCUAAACGUUUGUUUGCGUUAGCCCUUCAAAUAGGAUUAGGUGAGCUUGGAGGGGUAGUAGCAACAUACAUUUACAUCAAUAGCAACACAUCUAAAUCUUUUGCUCACGGGAUGAUUAUUAUCAUUGCGUUUUCAGGUCUCAUUUUAGUGAUCUUGUUGAGUUUCAUUUACUUAAAAACAAACCGAAAACGCAUUAAAAUAUGUACCUCUGUUAUUGCAGAAAGAUUACCAAAUAUGGAUCUCGCUCUUGUUGGAGAUAAAAACGUAUUUUUUCGAUAUAUGAAUUAA